CGUACCCAGAUCACGUUAUCUGGAGAGGAUUUGCAGCAGGUUGCUACGUGUGACUACAUCGGCAACCAGGGAAUGUUGUUUGGAAUGAUGCACAUAUGGGAGAGCAUCAACGGUCUGAGAAAAAUUUUCAAGUUUUACGACCCAGAGCUUCUCAUAGUGCAUGGGAUCAACGAUGAAGAAAAGAGUCAGUCUUUUGACGAUGCGGCAAGACGAUUGGCUAAUUGGUUAUCAUUAAUGAACAACAACCACCAAAUGUUCUUUAUUCCUUGGAAUAUCGGGAUGCAUUGGACGCUAGUGGUGGUUACGCCAAGGAAAAUUAUCCAUUUAAACCCUAUAAGUGGCCGCCCAAUUUCCGAAGUAAUAGAACAAAUGAUCGGAAGGUAA